UCGGGGUGCAUACAUCUUUCACCGUCAACUGUAGAACUGAAAAGUAUUCAUGCCGUGUGAUACUUGGAUAUUCUUCUUCUUCUUCUUCUUCUUCUUCUUCAAUUUCUGUACACACACAUAUUCAAAACCCAAUCUACACCAUCUUCAUCAAAGAAAUCAACAACCCAAAUGGGUUUUCAUCUAGGGUUUUACUCCAUCCUCCUAUUUCUCUUAUCCCCAACGUUAAUGGCAGCUGAAUCUCAAGAAAGUAUCUGCGGGAAAGAAGUGUGUGGAAACGUUACAAUCCCAUCCCCAUUCGGAAUCCAUGGAAGCUGCUAUUCUCGUUCCUUGUUCAGAGUAAUUUGCAGGCAAACCCAGAACGGGAAAAGGCCUUUCAUAAGCAUAAACGACUUCGAUGUUGAGCUACUCGGCUCCUUGUUCUCGGGGAACACCGUUCUGAUAAAGAAUCCGGUAACGCACGUUAACUGCGAUGAUGAUCGUCAAAAGGUCGACGGUAUUAAUGUCGGUGUGAAUCUAACGGGCACUCCGUUUUUCUUCUCGAGUGACUACAACCUGUUCGGGUCCGUGGGUUGCGGGAAUUUGGCUGCAGUUUUAGGUAACGACAGUGAACCGCUUGGCGGCUGCAUUCAGCCGAGAUGCGGCGGCGGCGGCGGGGCUGAAGCUGGGUGCUUUAAUCAAGUGUUUGGGAAUUUCAGUUCAAGUAUGGUAGAGAUGACAGCCGUGUACGAUGGUGGGAAGGAAGAUGAGAGGAAGAGAUGUUCAUCUGCUUUCCUGUUUAGCAGGCUGUAUUUCCAUGGAGAUGAUCCAUUAGAUAUUGGCAAUGGCGUCGAUAUUGAGACCACGCAUGUCCCUACUACGCUCAGCUGGGAUUCAACCUAUUGCGGUCAUGCAGGAUGCGAACCAGGGCUAGGACCGACCUACUUCAUCAGUGAAAACUCUUGUGGCAACAUUACGUUUCAAUACCCAUUUGAAAUAAGCGACCAACUUCAUCAUCCCAACGGCAGCUGGUUCACAGUAAUCUGCAACAAAACAGCCGAUGGCCGAUCAAUGCCAUUUUUAAACAUAAACAGCUUCAAUCUGCAGAUACUCGAGUUUUCAUUUUUUUUGGGCAACGUCGUGGUGAACCAUUCAAUAACUUACUUCAAUUGUCGCAACAACGAUAACAACAACGGCAUGAGCCUCGACCUGACGGCCACCCCUUUUUACUACUCGGAUUUCGACAACAUUAUCUGGUCUCCCGGUUGUGGUAAUCUCGUCACCGUUUUCGACCCCGAAACAAGCAAUCUCAUAGGCGGAUGUUUGCAACCGAGUUGUCGGAAUGGCAACGAGGCUUCCUCUGCUACCGGCUGCCCUACUAAUGUUCCUCAUGGUCUCGGUUCUUUCUUCGUGAACGUGAGUGAACGAGUUGAUGCUAGUGGCUAUAGCCAGGAAAGAUCUUGCGGAUUUGCUUCCAUAGUGAGAUCACGCCUUUACUAUGACUUGACCAUAGAGCCACAAGAGCUUGAUAUGAGUAAUUGGAUGUAUGUUCCAAUAUCACUGCAAUGGAGCACACCGAUGUCAGGGUUGUGCCAUUUGAGACCAGGUGUAAGCACUACUUGUAGCUCCGAUCGUCAAACUUGCUGGCAAAAUUUGGGCUCUACUCAUCUCUGUGUAUGCAACAGGGAUUUCGGUAGGGAAUUUUCGAGUUUAUGCAAAGGAGAGGAUUGUGGGAUUUAUGUUUGGUGUCACAUGCUUUGUUUGAAUACUCCUGGUAACUAUUGUUCAUCAAGGGACUGCCCUCUUGACUAUGAAUACAAUAGUACUGAAUUUAGGUGCGAGCCCAGAAAGUUUACUUCACUAGUACCACAAGAGAAUACUCUGAACCCGACCAUCAUCAUUAUAGGUUGCAGCACUAGCAUUGGGACAAUAUGUCUGCUACUUGUGACAUGGAGGAUGCACAAAAUGCUGAAAAGAAGAAAGCACAUCAUGUUGAAGCAGAAACACUUCAGAAAGAAUGGAGGUUUGUUACUGCAACAGCAUUUGUCCAGCAAUAAAAAUAAUUUCGAAAAGAUAAACUUGUUUACUUCGACGGAGAUGGAAAAGGCGACGGAUUAUUAUAACGAGAAUCGGAUUAUAGGUAGAGGAGGACAAGGAACUGUUUACAAAGGGAUGUUAACAGAUGGGAGUAUUGUUGCUGUUAAGAAAUCUAGAAUGGCGAAGGGCAAGAAUUUUGAUGAAAAGAAGGUCGAACAGUUCAUCAAUGAGGUGAUAAUUUUGUGUCAGAUUAACCAUAGGAAUGUGGUUAAGCUUUUAGGGUGUUGUUUAGAAGAUGAAGUCCCCUUGCUGGUGUAUGAGUUCAUCCCAAAUGGAACAUUAUUUGAUCUGAUUCACUGCCAGAACGAAGAAUUUCCAUUGACAUGGGACAUGCGUUUACGUAUUGCGAUCGAAGUCGCCGAUGCUUUGUUCUAUCUGCAUUCGGCUGCCCAUGUUCCCAUUUAUCACCGUGACAUCAAAUCGAGUAACAUACUUUUGGACGAUAAAUACAGGGCGAAAGUGUCGGAUUUCGGAGCUUCGAGAUCCGUUUCACUCGAACAAACUCAUUUAACGACUCGGGUGCAGGGCACUUUCGGGUACAUGGACCCGGAGUACUUCCGAUCGAGUCGGUUCACGGAGAAGAGCGAUGUGUACAGUUUCGGAGUUGUUCUCGUCGAGCUUUUAACAGGACGGAAACCGGUGUCGGAACAGGAGGAAGUGAGAGGCUUGGUGUCGUGCUUUCUCAUUUCGAUGCAGGAGAAUUCCUUGUUUGACAUUAUGGAUUCGAGCGUGCUGAAUGAUGGUACGGAAAAAGAAAUGAAAGCAGUGGCCAAACUAGCAAACAGGUGCUUGAAUCUUGAUGGAAGGAGAAGACCCACCAUGAAACAAGUAGCAAUGGGGCUGGAGCUGAUAAAAGCAUCAGAAGAAGAAGAAGGUAAUGUUAAUGAACAAAGUGGUAAUGAAGAAUCUGAAAUUGAUGACGAUGAAUCCUGGGAUGAUGAUUCUUCUUGUUCAACCACUAGAUCAAUUAGAUGUAACACUGAAACUCUGCCAUUAACGGCAUCCUUUUAG